AUGCGGUGCUGGCUGCCCACUUGGUGCUCGGUUGUGAUCUCACUGAUAUCUCUCUGGUCAGGAGGCCUGGCAUAUGUGCCACUCUCCGAUGAAACCCUUCAACAUACUCUCCCCCGACCAGACACCAGCGAUUUCGAUAUACACAGCGGCAACCUUCUAGCUCCGAUUUUGAUCCCUCGAGUCCCCGGAACAGAGGGCUCUAAGAAGGUCCUCCAGCACUUUGUUGAUUUCUUCCACGCUUUCUUGCCAGACUGGACAUUGUCUUUCCAGAACUCAACCUCAAAGACACCCACUCACGGAGACACUGAAGUGCCGUUUGUGAAUCUUAUUGCCACUCGAGAUCCUCCAUGGACACAGCCCGGCGAUGUCGGACGCUUGACCUUGGUAGCGCAUUAUGAUUCAAAGUACCAGCCGGAUGGAUUCAUUGGUGCGACGGACUCUGCAGCACCAUGUGCAAUGAUCAUGCAUGCCAUCAGAUCCAUAGACGUUGCGCUGGCAAAGAAAUGGGACACGAUGCAAGAGCAAGGGUUCAUUGAUCCUGACUUUGAGGAGCAAAAGGGAAUACAGGUACUGUUUCUCGAUGGCGAGGAGGCUUUUUUGAGCUGGACAGCAACCGACAGUAUUUAUGGUGCCAGAUCACUUGCUGAAGAGUGGGAGCACACUGUCCACCCAGCCACCAGUAUCUACAAAAACUACCUCGACUCCAUCGAAUUGUUUGUCUUACUCGAUCUUCUCGGCUCGCCAGAAGACCUUCCGAUCCCUUCGUGGCAACACAGCUCCCACUGGUCAUAUGUGAAGAUGGCCGAAGCUGAGCAACGACUCCGCAAAUUGGGCAUGUUCCGAAGCAACCCGUCGCACACCUGGCUACCCGAAAAGGACAAAAAGGAGACUGAUAGAUUCAGCAGCUAUGUCAUGGAAGACGACCAUAUCCCUUUUAUUGCCAGAGGCGUCCAUGUUUUGCAUCUCAUCCCUGCGCGCUUUCCUUCCGUCUGGCACACUAUGCGUGACGAUGGCGAGCAUUUAGACAUCCCUACUGUUGAAGACUGGGCUCUUCUUACUACGGUGUUUGCGGCUGAAUAUAUGGAGCUGGAGGGCUUCUUCGAGGGCUCGGCAACUAAACAUAUCAAAAGGCAUGACGGCCUGACAAGUAAGGAUGAAUUAUAG